CUUAAUAUCAGGAUCAUAUGUGUAAUUAAUCUUUAUCUCAGUGGUCUCCUUUCUGACUUAAAUACUUUUUAAACUAAGAUUAAACUUUACAUUCUUACGUUCAAUUAAGUUUUGCUGUCUAAGCUUAUUAUGUCCAAAGAAUUUUACAACUUAACUCGUGGUGACUUUAUGUGGCCCUCUUCUUAGAUUUCACCACGUGGAUGAAGUAACAAGCCUGAACCGGUUUCUGAAUAGAGGGUGGGCCGGUUUUAGCUGGCUACGUUACCAUGGGAACGAGCGCUCUAUAAAUAUGCUCUGGUUCUGCUGCCGGGUUUCCCAGUCAGUCAGUCAGCCUGAGAAAGAUUACCUGAGGACGCGCUUCUUUCGAGAAGGGGAGAUACUUAUCUUUAAACUUUGGCUCUAGGUCUAAUGGGCAUAUUCUUUGUAAAUGCUUUUUCAGAAUCUUCACUAUAGGAAAUCAAAUUGCGGGUCCUCAACAGGCCCUGGCCUUGAGUCUUAUUUAAAGGGCUUUAACUUCACUGGUGAGCCACCUUGGCAACAAAGGCUUGAUUGACUGCAGCAACAAAUUCCAUCCCUUGUAUCCAAUUUGCAAGCAAGUUACAAUGAACACUGAAGUGCCCAGACUUGAAUUUUCUUUCCUCGAGGAAGGUUUUUCCGCUUGGGAUAUUGUUGAGCAGAAGAUCAAUGAGUUGUCCCUGACUGAUGACAGGGACGCUUUCUAUGUCUGUGACUUGGGAGAUGUUUUAAAAAAACACCUACGCUGGACAAGGGGCUUGCCGCGUGUUACUCCUUUUUAUGCCGUCAAGUGCAACGACAGCCGGGCUGUUGUCAUGACUCUGGCCUCUCUUGGAACUGGCUUUGAUUGUGCAAGCAAGGCAGAGAUUCAGCUUGUUCAGUCUUUGGGAGUACAUCCAUGCAGAAUAAUCUAUGCCAACCCUUGUAAGCAAGUUUCUCAGAUGAAGUAUGCAUCUGCCCAAGGAGUGCAGAUGAUGACUUUUGAUAGUGAAGUGGAACUCAUGAAAGUUGCUCGUUACCAUGACAAUGCCAAACUGGUGUUGCGUAUUGCCACAGAUGACUCAAAGUCAACUUGUCGCUUGAGUAUAAAGUUUGGGGCCCCAAUAAAAGUUUGUCGGGGGCUUCUGGAGCGUGCCAAGGAGCUGGGGCUGGAUGUCAUUGGUGUCAGCUUCCAUGUUGGCAGUGGCUGCACUGAUGCUGGGACCUUUGUCAAGGCAAUAGCAGAUGCACGCUGUGUCUUUGAUAUGGGUGAGGAGCUGGGCUUCCAGAUGGAUCUUCUAGACAUUGGAGGGGGGUUCCCUGGUUCUGAAGAUGCGGAACUUUCAUUUGAAGAGAUCACAGCAACAAUAAACCCAGCACUGGACAAAUAUUUUCCUGUUGACACUGGUGUGAGGAUAAUUGCUGAGCCCGGGCGGUUCUAUGUGGCCUCUGCUUACACACUAGUUGUAAAUAUCAUUGCCAAGAAAGUCAUCGUUGAUGAAGACACUACCAUUGAUGAGGAAGACAACAAGACUUUGAUGUAUUACGUCAAUGAUGGAGUGUAUGGAUCUUUUAACUGCAUUCUCUAUGACCAUGCUCACUGUUUACCAGUGUUGCAUAAGAAGCCUAAACAUGAUGAAAUCAUGUACUCCUGCAGUAUUUGGGGCCCAACAUGUGAUGGCCUUGACCGCAUCGUGGAGCAGUGUUGUCUACCUGACAUGCAAGUUGGUGACUGGCUUGUUUUUGAAAACAUGGGGGCCUACACUGUAGCUGCAUCAUCUACUUUUAAUGGCUUUCAAAGACCUGAUAUUCACUACAUUAUGUCACGCCCUGCCUGGCAAUAUGUGCAGCAGAUCUUUUCCCACGGUGGGCUACCUCCUCCUCUAGAAGGGUCUUCGCUGUUAGAAAUACCAGCAUGCUGUAGCAGAGGGAGUACUUUCGACAUGUCAACUAAGCCAUGCCAUGCUAACAUUGUGUAACCCUUCCGUUCUCCUUAGCUGUUUACAUUAAAAGUGGGGUCAUCUUGACCCCACAAGACAGUG